AUGGAAGCUGCUGGUUUGGGUAUUGCUUGCGUCAGUCUGGGGGAAACGGUGAUUAAGCUUUAUAAGCUUACCAAGAAGCUCCGGAAUGCGCCGGAAAGCUGGGAGCGCUAUCGGGCACUGCUGGACAGUUUUAGCCAGCUCCUAGAGGCCGUGAAGGGUCUCACGGCUAACACAGAGGGACUUGAUAAGGUAAUAGUACAGCGAGAUGGCCGCAACUACGGGUUGAUUGAGUUCUGCAUGGCGAACACUGAUAUCCCACUGAGCGAUGCGAGGAUGUUCGUGAACAAAUACAAUUCCAUCGGAAAGCGCCAUUUUCCGAAUUUCAAAAAGUUCUUUUCGUGGAAAGCUAAAAUCCUCAACUUUGUUAUUAAGGAGGAACAAGUUACUGCCUGCAUUCGAAAUGUCGAGACGGCCAUGGUUGGCCUCAGCAUCGCCAUCCAUGCUGCCUCGCUGGCAAGAACAAACGAUGCGUACGUGAAGCCCUCAGAUUGA